AUGACACUUGUUGAAUUUUAUAUGAGUUAUGAAAGUGCAAUGGAUGCACAGAGGUACAAACAAGAUAAGCUCAAUGUUGAAUCACUUCACACAAAUCCACAAUAUAAAACACCAUUGCCGAUUGAAAAACAUGCCGGUGAAGUCUAUACUAGAAAUUUUUUUUUUCUUUUUCAAUAUGAAGUUUAUAAGUCUUGUUUCAAAACUUAUAUUCCAAAUAUUGAAAAGAUUGAAAGUGUGGAAAGUAUAGCUGUUUUGGACUCAACGGUAAGUAAGAUGUACCAGGUGAAAUUUAUUCUGGGAAGUUCAAUUGACGAGUUGAAGGUAGAUUGUGAUUGCAAGUUAUUUAAACGGAUAGGAAUAUUAUGUUCCCAUGCGAUUUGUAUUAUGAGUGCAAGACAAAUAACACAAAUACCAAAGCAAUAUGUUUUAGAUCGUUGGACGAAGCUAGCAUUAAAGAAGCCUAUUUUUGAUUUGCAUGGGAAUCUGAUUGAAGAGAGCAAAAAGUGUGACAACAUGGGGAAGUUGUUGGGGGAUGUUUGGUGUGAAAAUUUCAAUUAUGUAGGUUUAGCUCAAAGGAGUGAGAGUGAUUAA